CUCCAAGCUUCCAGUUAGUGCGCCCAAGUCGAACAGAUUAUUACAAAAUGCCUCCCCAGACGAAGGAUGAAGAUGUUAGCGAAAGGCAGGUCGCCAUUCCGGAUUGGGUUGUGCCAAAGGCCUUUGAGGAUCUGCUUAAGAGGAAGGUCAAGGACUACAGGAAAACGAAAUCCUUGAGGGCCAAGGCAGGAGUCGCUGCUGGCGAGAACUAUGCCACCAUAAUGCUAAGAAUUGAACUGGACGUUGACAAAGAAGAUAACACUCAAACAACCGAGGCAUUCAUGCUUAAAACCCCCCACCAGUCGGAGCAGUAUCGCAAAAUAAUCGAGAAGACAGACAUCUUCGAUGUGGAGCGUGGAAUGUAUCUGGAAGUAGUGCCCGAACUGGAGCAACUGUAUCGCGAUGUGGGCUUGGAGGUCAAGUUUGGAGCAGAGCUCUACGAGAUAGAGGCCAGCGAUUACUAUGUCCUGCUGGAGGACCUCCGGCCACGUGGUUUCAGGAACAUAGAUCGCCUGGAAGGUAUGGACCAGGCUCACACCGAAUGUGUGCUCAAGAAAUUUGCCCAGUGGCAUGCGGCAUCUGCAGUCCGAUUUGAGACAAAGGGUCCUUAUCAGGAGAAGUACACGAAGGGUUUCCUUAAGAACGAGGAAAUCGUAGAUGCAUUCUGCAAUCGGAGUAUAAAGGUUUUUCUGGAUAACGUCCAUCUGUGCAAAGAUGUUGAGUCUUAUCUAAAUGAUUUGCGUAUUGUCUCCGGCAAGACCUUCGACAUUGUUGACCAACUGAACAAUCCGAGUCCUGACGAAUUUAUUGCCUUAAACCAUGGCGAUGGUUGGGCCAACAACAUUAUGUUCCAGUACAAUACAAAAGGCGAGAUACAGGAUACCUAUUUUGUCGAUCUGCAAGUACCAAAGUGGGGAUCUGUGACACAGGAUCUGUACUACUUCCUUAUGUCUUCUACAAGCUUAGACAUCAAAACAUCAAAGUUUGAUUACUUCAUUUGGUUUUACCACUCCGAACUGGUGAAGCACCUGAAACUGCUUGGUUACUCGAAAACUCUUCCCACUUUAAGAAGUAUUCACGACGCUCUCAACAAAUACAGUGGAUGGGCGUUCAUCUGCGCCGCAACUAUUAUGGCCUAUGUCCUUCUGGAUCCCACGGACGGAGCUGAUUUCGAUAAGGUCCUUGGUGAUGAGGACGGCACCUUUAAGAAAUCGCUCUACACAAAUCCGAGAUUUCGCAAGCAUAUGGAGGUUCUAUUACCAUGGCUUCAGCAACGAGGAGCUAUGGAGUAGAAACUAAGAAUGUACAAUAUUAAAGCGUAUAAAUACCUGUUAUUAUAUAAAAUAUAAUAAAUUUAAUAAUAUAAAUUAAUAAUAUAAAUUAAUAAUAUAAAUUUUGUUUAGAAAUUUUGCUAUUUAUUAGAGAGGUAGAACUAACUAGUGCACAGCAAAUAUUGUUGACCAUAAUAAAGGAACUUUAACACCAA